AUGGACCCGAAGGACUACUACGAAGUACUGAUUGACCCCAAACAGGUCACUGACCGGAUUUAUGGGAGCAAAAUUGUCAUAGGGUUGGAGCAAUGCAUGCUAUUUUCGACAUGGGGGGUCAAAACAUGCAUGUUGAUGCUUUACUGGCGAAUCACUCGAAACUUGAAAUCAAAUCUGUACAUCAAGAUUCUUGCUGUUUACGUGGCUGUUGGAUUUGUUGUCAUUAUGGUCACAUAUUAUGCAGUAUACUGCCGACCAUUCUCACAAUACUGGGCUAUGCCCGUGCAGAAUAUGCAAUGCGCUACAUACGCACACUACUCGAUAACGCAAGCGGUCUUCAACAUUUCCUCCGAUGCCGCGAUGCUCGCUAUUCCAAUUCCGCUCCUUAUCAAAGCUCAACUCAAACGCCGCAGAAAGAUAGUCCUGAUCGGCAUCAUGAGCCUAGGCUUGUUCACCAUCAUCGCUGCCAUCCUGAACAAAUAUUUCAACUUUGCCGCUCCACUCACAACACAAUACCAGCUUUGGUACAUUCGCGAAGCCAGCACAGCAAUUUACGUUGCAAAUCUCAUGUGCUGGUGGCCCCUUCUGCGCAAAGUUUUCGGUCUCAGGGCCUUCCAAUAUAACAGCAACCGAGGCCGGCGGCCUGGAAAUCAAAUCAACCAAAACAAAAAUAGCAGUGGCGAGCACUCCAACAGCUCACAAUCACGGCCUUCGCACACCUUCUCUCGCUCAUGGAGAGCUCCUUUUCGUCGAUAUAUUAAGGAUGCACAGCCCAGUCUACAUGGUGCCCCGCGAUCAAGUAUGGAAGCUAUCAAUCGGUCGGAUAAACAGUUCAUGAGCGAUAUGCAUCGUGUCGAAGCUGUUUCAUUGGAGACCUGGAAUCAGAAGGACGAACUUGGGAUUGAAAGCUCCGCAACGCAGGACUAUCUAGAUUCUUUUGAUCAUGAUAAUUCCCACGAGCUGCAUCAGGAAAUCAUGCAUUCCGAGGGCGAGUACAGUGCCCAAAUAGACACCAAGCGACACACACGGUCGCCUUGUUGA